UACCUCAACACUCGUUCGCCAUCCUACCACUCAGAAUGUCGUUCGCGGGCUGUACCAGUGCCUUCGAAACCUUCGAGCUACAGACUAACGGGUUCGGAACGAACAAUGAAGCAGUAGUACAGCAGCCGAUCCCAGCCCAAGAACCGGCAGCGGCGGCCUCGCCGGCGAGCGCGGACGACGACAUCGGCGAGCGGAGGCUGAGGCGGAAGAUCUCGAACCGGGAGUCGGCGCGCCGGUCGCGCGCUCGUAAGCAGAGCCACCUCGACGACCUCCGCGCCCUGGCCGCCCGCCUGCAAGGCGACCGUGGCGAGCUCGCGGAGCGUGCGCGCGCCGCUCGGGGACGCGUCGCGCUCGUCCAGCACGCCAACGCCGAGCUCCGCGCCGAGGCCGCCGCCCUGAGCCGCCGCCUCGAGGUGGCCGCUAGCCGGGCGCUCGCGCUGAACCAGCUGUACGCCGCGGCCGCCGGUGUCGGGACGUUCGAGCAGACGCUUGCCUCGCUAAUGGUGUAGCGCGGAUGGCCGGUCGCCAUGCAUCCGCGCGUGAGCCCGCCGCCGCACGAUCAGCGUCUACGUACGUGCGUGUUCUCUGGUUGGAGCUGGCCACCGGUAAUGAGAAAGAAGUCACUACCGUGGGCUAGCUUUGUUAGCUAGUUUUCAUUCUUGAAGUUAGGUGAUUGUGUAGAUAGCAGUCAUCAUCAAGUAAAAGGAAUGGAACAGAA